CCCAACGCAAAGCGGAAUGAGGCAGUGGGAAUAGCAACACUAUGGCUGCCAGUCUCUCUCUGACUCAGCUCUCCAGUGGAAAUCCUGUCUAUGACAAAUACUAUCGACAGGUGGACCCCUCAGGCAGUGGCCAGGUGGCAGCUGCAGAUGCUGCCUUGUUCCUCAAGAGGUCUGGCCUGGCCGACCUGGUCCUGGGCAAGAUCUGGGAUUUGGCAGAUUCUGAACGCAAGGGCUGUCUCAACAAACAGCAAUUCUUCAUUGCCUUGCGGUUGGUGGCCUGCGCUCAGAGCGGCCUGGAGGUGGCGCUAAAGAACUUCAACCAGAAGGGAGUUCCUCCACCGAAGUUUCAUGACCCCAGCAGCCCACUGCUUCCUGGAGGCGUGGUCACCGACAGCCCCUGGGUCGUUAAGGCAGAGGAGAAGCUGAAGUUCGAUGCCAUCUUUGACAGCUUGUCUCCAGCAGGGGGCAUGCUCUCAGGGGACAAGGUUAAACCUGUGCUGCUCAACUCCAAACUGCCAGUCGACGUACUGGGACGGGUUUGGGAACUCAGUGAUCUUGACAGAGAUGGAAUGCUCGACAGAGAUGAGUUUGCUGUGGCCAUGUAUCUGGUCUACAGAGCCCUAGAGGGGGAGUCCGUCCCCAUGUCCCUGCCCCCACCCCUCGUCCCCCCCUCCAAGAGGAAGAAACCCUCCGUGCCCCCCGUCGUGCCCCCCGGGGUGCCCCCCGUCAUGCCCCUUCUGCCCUCACCCCCCUCCGUCAAAGACCGCUCGUCCCACGCAGGGACCAAGACCCUCCCUGCGCCCCCCAAGCCUACUCCCUCCUCGGUGGGUACCAGCCUCACCCAGCCCCCCAAGGCUGCAGUCCCCACGUGGGUGGUGUCGCCUGCAGACAAGCUCAAGUACGACGAGGUGUUUGCCAAGACGGACGGGGACAUGGACGGGCUGGUAUCGGGGCCCGAGGUGCGAGACAUCUUCCUGAAGACGGGCCUCCCCUCCGCCACGCUCGCACGCAUCUGGGAGCUGUGUGACAUUGGGGACAUAGGGAAGCUGACCAGAGAGCAGUUUGCUCUGGCACUGCAUCUGAUCAACCAGAAGCUGGUGAAAGGCCUGGACCCUCCGCAGAGCCUGGGCCCAGAGAUGAUGCCCCCCUCAGACCGGCUGACUGCCAAGCAGAACAACUUACUCAACCUGGCUGCUGACUUCUCAGCUAUCAAGGAGCUGGAUUCUCUCAGCAACGAGAUCGUUGAGCUACAGCGGUGAGUAUGGGAG